AUGGAUGUGACAAAUGAAGUAAGAAGUACUCCAACGUUUAAUGAUGAUGAUUGGGAAGCAAUUUUUGGCACCGAAGACGAAGUAGAAGAUGCAAGGGAGCCAAGCCAAAGUAGUGGACUAGAUGCGAAGAAGCCAAGGCAGAAUGAUAAGUCUGAUAAUUUAGCCGAAUUGGUACUUACAGUGAAUUCUGAAAUCUCAACAGUUUAUUCUUGGCGAGCUGCUUGUACCUCAGCGAAUUCCAUAUCCGUUGGUCAUUCAAAGAUACCUUCUUCAGUUUCAGUAACGCCGGUUGCGGUAUAUUCUGAGAUGCAAGCUCAGGAUCCUUUAUUAAUGAUUAUAAUGAAUUUAUGCAUGAAACGAGAACAGAAACUCCGCACCGAAGGUAGCAUCGCGGAAGCGAAUGCGUUGAGUACCAUUAGUUUUCCUGUUACGAAGCUGAUUGCAAAAGGGAUGGAAUUGUUGCGAUCAAAUGAGUGCAUGCAUGUUGGAAGUUUGAUAUUAGAAGCAGUAAAAACAUCAAUGAAUGAAGGAUCGGUUGAAUGGGAAAGUUUGAUAUUAUGUGCGGAAAGCAUUUAUGCAUUGGUCGAUGAAGUACGGAUGAAAAGCGCUGAUUUGAAUACGAAACAGCAGGAAAUGAUAAAUAAAGCGGAAAAGAAGUUCGAUAAAGAAAAGCACAUAACAAAGUUGGCGAAUGAAAGAAAAAAACGAAAAUUGGAAGCUAUGUAUGAAAAAAAACAGGAGGAAGCUAACGAAAAGCGUAAAUGUCGUGUGGCGCAACAAGCUGAAUCACAAUCAAUUUUCCAUCCUCAAAUAACCAGUCAAGCAGAACAUUAUAUGGAAGCUCCCAAUGGAGGUGCAAAUGCCAUAUUAAUAAUGGCUGCGAAUAAAUUCAGAAUUCGUAAGGAUGAACGACGAAGGCAAAAAGUUAAAGGAAAAUCCCAAAUCAAUGAAGAACGGACAUGUUUACUUCAGUCAAAUGUUUCAGAUCCCAGUCUUCAAGCCUUGCCUAACUUAGCUGAUGAUAAGAGCUUCACUGGCCCAAUAAAUGCGGAAGUUUUAAUGGAGGAAUAUGCAGAAUCUGAUCUAAUCAACUCAGUCACUUUACCAACAUUUCUGAUGCAAGAAGAUGCUAAUUAUUACUGUGUGCAACGUCCAGAUUUUUUUGCUUCAGAGAGAGCAGCUACGGAGUUUCACAUGUCAAGUCAUAUUCGAAAUGAUCUUCCUGCAAUUGGGGAAGUUGUCUGUUCGGGACUCAUGAAUAAUAUUCCGAAUCAGUCAGUGACAUCUUUGUAUCCGUCAACUGCUAUCAAAAUCUCGAAUCCGCCUCAGUUGGACAUCAGUUCUGCAAGUGCUGCAAAUCUAGUUAGAGAGAAAAAUGUAUUUUUUGUUGCCGAGAACAAAUAUCCUGUAGUCGAGUUAUCGAAUAGUCCAGAUUCAACAAUGAGAGAGAAAAAAAAGGAAAUGGAGAAAUUGCCUUCUCGUGAAUACGACUUCUUCAUAUUCAUGGAAUAUUGGUGUUUUGAGGAUUUUUUUUUGUGGGAAGGAGGAGAGCGUGAUGGUCAUUUCCGAAAUGUUUCUUCAUUACUGCUUGAACCAAAUAUGUGGCGACCAAUUGGUAGCAUCAAUGCUCGUUCUUUCUGUGAAAGCUGCGAAUUUACACGUGGAGACAUACGUAAUUGGCUCAUUGUUGGUUCAAGAUUUGAUCGCUUGAAUGGAAGUAUCUUCAAUAUCAAGAAAAGUGGUUGUCCGAAAACUCAUCUAUCUCGUGUCAAAUACCCUCCAGUUCAUUUCAGAUUAAUAUAUGAUGCUCUAACAAGUAUUUCUAUCAAAAUUGCUGGUCUAAAGAUUUUCUUGGCUAUUGGUGAAGAUUGGAUUGUGAAAAAGUCAAUAAUGCCUGAAGAGUUUACAUCAUUUAUAACAAAAUUUGCCGAUGUUCUACAUAAGCUUUAUGUCAAACAGUACGAAGUAGAACAUACAAAAAAAGUAAAAUUAACGGAAGGUUUAAAAAAGCAGAAGAGAGCUUAUGACUAUGUCGAAAGUGGUUAUGCCUAUGUUGAAAUGCCAACUAUUAUAUUACUCACUAUUCCUGCAAGCAAUGAUCCUGAUGCAGAAACGAAAUGUAAUUUUUAUAACAAAGCAAUUCAAGAAUUGGUUCAAAAUUGGGAUUUAACGUGGAAAAGUCCCUACUAUCACGAUGCUACAAGACAGUGCAUAGAAUUGAAAUUAAUUGAUUGGCGACAAAUGUGUAUUGAUGAAAACGCAAACAAUAACAACGACAUGAUUAUCAUUUUAAUGAAGCAUUUAAUGGAAGAAUGGGGUGUAUGCAUGACACCAAUGAAUCGUUCUUAA